GCAUCGUUUUGAGCUUUGGGCGAAGAGAGUCGUGUAGGCCUGACAAUCAUAGAAGCGACGAGAGAGAGAGACGGCCAUUCUGUCAGCUUUCCACUACCUGCGUGACUGUAUUGGUGUGUCUGCUAUCCGCUAUGCCUCUGCCCGUUGCGCUGCAGACCCGCUUGGCCAAGAGAGGCAUUCUCAAACAUCUGGAGCCCGAACCAGAGGAAGAAAUCAUUGCCGAGGACUAUGAUGAUGAUCCUGUGGACUAUGAGGCUACCCGGUUGGAGGGCCUGCCACCAAGCUGGUACAAGGUGUUUGACCCUUCCUGUGGGCUUCCUUACUACUGGAAUGCGGACACAGACCUCGUGUCCUGGCUGUCGCCACAUGAUCCCAACUCCGUUGUUUCCAAAUCUGCCAAGAAGCUCAGGAGCAGUAAUGCAGAUGCUGAGGAGAAGUUGGAUCGGAGCCAUGAGAAAUUGGACCGGGGCCACGAGAAAUCGGACCGAGGUCAUGAGAAGUCAGAACGCGGCCAUGAGAAGUCAGAACGGAGCCAUGAGAAGUCUGACAGAGACCGGGAGCGUGGUUAUGACAAGGUGGACAGAGAGAGAGAGCGGGACAGGGAUCGGGACCGCGACCGCGUGUAUGACAAGGUGGACCGGGAAGAGGGCAAAGAACGACGCCACCAUCGCCGGGAGGAACUGGCUCCCUACCCCAAGAGCAAGAAGGUGGCAAGCCGGAAGGAUGAAGAAUUAGACCCCAUGGACCCCAGCUCGUACUCAGAUGCACCCCGGGGCACAUGGUCAACAGGACUCCCCAAGCGGAAUGAGGCCAAGACGGGUGCAGACACGACAGCAGCUGGGCCCCUCUUCCAGCAGCGCCCUUACCCAUCCCCGGGGGCUGUGCUCCGGGCCAAUGCCGAGGCCUCCCGGACCAAGCAACAGGACUGAACCUUCCCCACUGUGGCCCGCCCUGGCGUUAAUAAAAACUCUUCAGUGGAUC